UGAAAGCUCUAUGUAGACUGAAUGUGAAUGAUGAAAUUACUUCCAAUUCAUGUCUGCAAGUGGUUUGCGUGAAUUCUGUGGUGAAAAAUGUGGCUGCAGGACCACAGUGCUCGGCUUCUGAUCCAGCUUCUCCACCCGCCUGCUGAGCUGGGCAAGUCACUGACGUUUUGGGGCCUUCACAUGCCCAUCUGUGACUUGGGAGUGGGGGCAGCUCCUCCCACAGAGGGCUGGUGUGAAGGUUAAACUGAGUUAACUCAGUGUGUGUAGAGCCCUUGAAAAGUGGUGGUAAUAGUAAAAACCUCUGCCUGAAGAGAUCUGAUGUUUUUGCUCAUGACUCAAGACAUUUGCCUCCUUUUACUCCUACUUUUCAUAUCUGUGCUGUUUGUAGACUUGGCUGGACUCCUUGGUUGUUAUUUGGCACUAGAACAUUUUUUUCUGCUAUAUAUAGUUGUUUCAGGUCUAAGGGAGAAAAAAAAAAGGUAAUGGUGUAUACCAGUAAGGACUGCCGUUACCGAACACUCCCUCUGCACCAAAGGCCUUCACUUCUCCCCAUUCCUUGCAGCAGCCCUCUCUGGUUGGUACUAUUUCCCAUUUUGCAGGUAUGGAAAUGAGGCUGGGGAUGUGAAGUGAGUACUUUGCCUAAGGUCACAGCAGGUGGUUGGUGGAUCUGAAUUUGUUCCCAGUCCUGUUUAGCUCCAGAGGCCACACCUAACCCAUGUGGGACUCAGCGUUUUCCCUGUAAAACUACAUGCCUGUUUGCUUGAGUUACCUUUGUAAAAGAGGUUAUGCCUGCUCACAGUGACAGAGUGGAAGGAGUCCUGCAGGCCCGGCACCUUGCUGGCUGUGUGCUUUGGGGCAAGUCAUUUCACUUUGAAUCUCAGUUAUCCUUUCUGUAAAGUGGAAUGACACUUGCCAGUUAGAUUGCUGUGAAGAUGAAGUGAGACAACGGGUAGAGCACACAAAAGCAAAUGGAAAAUGGCAUUCAAAUUCUGGGACAUCUAAGUUUUGGGCCCAACCUUUUUGGUCUUGGCAUACAAUUCACUAGACCAGGCAUAGCACCUAGUGGGGUAUACAUUACUAGUUUUUAUUAAAAUGCAGUGUGCAUCAAAAUCUUUCUCAACAUAGUUUUUGGUAGAUUUCCUAUCAGAUUGAAGAUUUUGACAUUCAGGUGUUCGACUUGAAGCCUCCUGAUGGCUAGUGCCAAGUUAAGUCACGGCUAUGUACCUGGCAUGGUGUACCCACUCAGAUGUUUGAAUCCAUGAAGGAGUGAAUCCAUUUUCUUAGUUUUUGGAAUAUGAAGACAAAACUGGAAGACCUAGCAAGCCACCCUCUCCAAAGCAGAAUGUGAGGAAGAAUCUUGAUUUUGAGCCACUUUCCACCACUGCGCUCAUCCUCGAAGACAGACCAGCAAAUCUCCCAGCAAAACCAGCUGAAGAAGCUCAGAAACACAGACAACAGUACGAAGAAAUGGUGGUUCAGGCCAAAAAACGAGAGCUGAAAGAAGCCCAGCGGAGGAAAAAGCAGCUGGAAGAAAGAUGCAGAGUAGAGGAAAGCAUUGGAAAUGCUGUUCUUACUUGGAAUAAUGAGAUUUUACCUAACUGGGAAACAAUGUGGUGCUCUAGAAAAGUUCGAGAUUUGUGGUGGCAGGGAAUCCCUCCAAGUGUGAGAGGCAAAGUCUGGAGUUUAGCCAUUGGCAACGAGUUAAAUAUCACCCACGAGCUCUUUGACAUCUGUCUUGCCCGAGCCAAGGAGAGGUGGCGGUCCCUUAGCACAGGAGGUUCUGAAGUGGAGAGUGAAGAUGCUGGGUUUUCAGCAGCAGACAGAGAAGCCAGUCUGGAACUUAUUAAACUGGACAUUUCUAGAACGUUUCCUAAUCUUUGCAUUUUCCAGCAAGGUGGUCCGUAUCAUGACAUGUUGCACAGUAUUUUGGGCGCUUAUACUUGUUACCGACCGGAUGUGGGUUAUGUUCAGGGCAUGUCGUUUAUAGCGGCAGUAUUGAUCUUGAACUUAGAUACUGCAGAUGCCUUUAUUGCUUUUUCUAAUCUUUUGAAUAAACCCUGUCAAAUGGCGUUUUUCCGAGUGGAUCAUGGCCUUAUGUUGACUUAUUUUGCUGCAUUUGAGGUAUUCUUUGAAGAAAAUUUGCCGAAAUUAUUUGCUCAUUUCAAGAAGAACAACUUAACUCCAGACAUCUACCUAAUUGAUUGGAUCUUUACCUUAUAUAGUAAAUCUCUGCCCCUGGAUCUGGCGUGUCGUAUCUGGGAUGUGUUCUGUCGAGACGGGGAAGAGUUCCUGUUCCGCACGGCCCUGGGCAUCUUGAAGCUGUUUGAGGACAUCCUGACCAAGAUGGACUUCAUCCACAUGGCCCAGUUCCUGACCAGGCUGCCUGAGGACUUGCCUGCAGAAGAACUGUUUGCUUCCAUUGCCACAAUUCAGAUGCAGAGUCGGAACAAGAAGUGGGCUCAGGUACUGACUGCUUUGCAGAAAGACAGCCGGGAAAUGGAGAAAGGGAGCCCAUCCCUCAGACACUGAGGCUGCAGAUGUGACUCGCACUCAGCACUAAAGCAGCGCUCCAGCGGCACCUGUGUUGUUUCAGACUGACACCCUGGCAGCUGAGAACAGGGCCUCUUUUCAUGUUUGAUUCGUAACACUGGAAAUACUGGAGUUGGCCUUAAUACAAACAAACAAACAAACAAACAAACAGAAAAAACUUUUAAAGAAUUAAACCAAGGCUUAGCCUUAAGAAGCUCAGUGAAAUGAUGCCCUGGUGUUGGCCAUGGCCAAGCACUGCGUUUUCUGCAUGGUUUAAAUAUAGGGCAGUGGCUAACUUCCUCCCCUCCUUUAUUUCAGCAAAAGUUAAAUUGUAAUGCUUUUAUGUCAACUACUGGAAAAUACAUUACAAUCUUUCUUAGCCAAGAUGCAUGAGAAAUGUUAUUUGGGAGACCUCAGAGAUGUUACUGGCUCAUAUUUACAUAUUUUAGAUAUGAAAGGGAUUGCUGACUGAGCUAUUAAGAUAAUCUUUCCAGAGCUGGAGGUCAUGUUCUUAAAACCCACCUACCAAAGAUAGCAUUAAAGGAAAACGGGCUCUCUGAGGAUAGGCACUGAGUGCUCAUGGGCUCCCUGGGAAUCAACCCAACCUGUGGUUUGGCAUUUUACCAUGUUGCCUUGACAAAAUUACAGCAUGAAGGCUGCAAAUACACAGUUAGUUUCCAGUGGGAACCUGCUCUCUGAAAGAUCACUCCCUGCAUCUGCUGAGCAAGGGUGGAGAGUUCGAGCAGGAGGAGUGAUUUGCAAAGGCCUGUGGCAGUAGAGACAGGUUUAAGAGUUGAUGGAAAACAGCAUGGAAACGGCCCCCUUUUAAGUAAAAGGGUGGGGAAAGAGAACGUUGAGACUUGCCCCUCUUCCACCCUACCUGUUUUUAUGGAGGUCGCAGUAUAGCAGUGCAGCCUGUGGAAACAGCAUGACGCUGGGAGGUUGUUCCCUUGCUCUAACAGAAUGUUCUUCUUUGCCUUUGUCCCCUGGACAGCUGGAUCAGUCCUAAGUGCCAGUGAGUCCGUCCUCAUGCAUUUGGCUUUAAAAUACAUGCUUCCUAACACAUUGUAGGGAUGAAGGAGUGAGCAGCACACAUCUAACAGCCCAAACAGUUUUGUCACAAUGCUCAAUAGCUGGACCAUCAGCACUUCCCCAUUUGAGCUGAUUUUCCCAAGGUCAUUGGCAAAUUUUAUAUUCUUGCUUUUCCUUGACUAAUUUUGAGAGCUUUGUAUAAGAACUUUGGAUAUCCAAAUUCACAGUAAUGAACAGUUUUUGCACAGAAUAGCCCAGAUGACAGGCCAGUAUCUGUGGAGGCAGGUUCUUACAUGGCAACCCAUUGGUCUUUGGGAGUGCUUGGCAGACCAGGUUCACAGGCACGGUUAGCUGUGCAUGAGUGCCUUGGUGUGGUCUGUACUCUACGGCCCUUCUCAGCCAUACUUCCCACCUCCAGGGAGUACCCCCGUGGUUGAUCUUGUUUCUGAUUUUGAGGACUCUUUGGCUCCCAUGCAACAGGAGACUGGGCUGGGAGCUGGGGGAAUAAAGCCUAACAGUGGCAUUAUUUUUCUAGGUUUUCUAUGUCUGCCAUACCGCUAAUGAUCCUUCUAGGUGCAAUAGCAAGUUGCCGAGCCAGUGGUCAUUCCCAUGCCUUCCAUCCCAACUCUGUACCAUGUGCCAUUUGUCUUGGAAUCUACUUUCUUCCCCUUAUGUUCUUAACUGAAUCUCCAGGGAGGUUGCAGAGCAUCAUGGAUACCACUUUCUGCCUCAGCCUUUAAAUGCUGACUUGCCUCCCCUCUUGGAGGAGGCGUUCUGUCUUCACUGGAGGUCUUGGCAGCCUCCAGACCUAGCCAUUUUCUGACAUCAAGAUGCUGAAUGUAACCCAGACUGAGCCCUGCACACUGUCGUUCCUCACAGAUGUACUUAUUUUUGUUCCAUGAUGUGGGCGUUCUGUUCUUUAAAGAUGUAUAUAUUUUCUUACUGUACAUAAAGAUGUUCCUUAAGUCAUACAGAAAGGGAUGCAACAAGGGGCUUUGUGCAGCUUGUUCCGAACGCAGUUGUGAAACUUCAUGUGUAUUCAAAACUCAGCUCUUAACAUUUCUCAUCAAGCAGUUUGACAUAAAGCUCUUUGGAUAGCACCACAUAUGCAUUAAGUCCUUAAACAGGAUUCUAUGCCAAUCUGGAACACUUACCAUAUCUAGAGUUCAGAAGAGGUUUUCAUGACCUGUUCGGGGAUCACAUGAGGUCUUGCUAGUUCAGUGUGUCCUCUUCAGAGGCCAGAAGGUUCCAAGUCCCCAUCCAGGAUCACUUAGUCCCUAUCCACAAAGGCUGCUGUAGGGUGUGGAGGAGUCUGUCUAUGUCAUCGUUCAGGUAAACUGGAAACAGACGCUGCCAUGCUUCCCCUUGGGAAGUCUGCACAUUCCACUUCACAUGCCCUUGGCUUUUGGAAUCUGAGACUUCAGGUCUGGGAUGUUUUGCAGUUUGCGUGCUAGAGUGAGCACUGCAUCUCCCCCCAGUCACUGAGAUCUUAUUUAGAAAUGCUGUUCAUUCACAAGGUACUUUUUAACUGUUCAGUUUUCAACUAUUUUAAAUAGUUUGCCGAAAACUUCUGAUAACACUUGCUACAUAUCAUGUUUUACUUGCUUGUACAGUUAACCUUUUAUUUAGUGGACUGUAUCAAAGUAGGACUUUUUUGAAUUGUAAAUAUGUGGUUUUAUUAAAUAAAAGUCAUGUAAAAUUGUUA